CGCACUCACCGGGCGCCUGGCUUGGGUUAUCCACAGAAGGCGUCGGUUGUUGAGGAGGCGUUUAGGGAUUUCGCUGCAUGAGUGGGAUAUAGACGUUUGGUUCGUGGUGCCCUUGGAAGAAAUAACGGGGGAAAGCGCAGGACAGAGCGAACACGUGCCUUAUUCUCAGUUGUGUUGAGGAUAUUUAGAUUUCAGGAUGCCAGUUUUCCAUACCAAGACGAUAGAGAGUAUCCUGGAGCCGGUGGCUCAGCAGAUAUCUCACUUGGUUAUCAUGCACGAGGAGGGCGAAGUUGAUGGGAAAGCGAUCCCAGAUCUCACCAGCCCAGUGGCGGCAGUGCAAGCGGCUGUCAGCAACCUCGUGCGGGUGGGGAAGGAGACGGUUCAGACCACAGAAGACAAGAUUAUGAAGAGAGACAUGCCUCCGGCCUUCAUUAAGGUGGAGAAUGCCUGUGCGAAGCUUGUGGAAGCAGCUCAGAUGCUGAAGACAGACCCGUACUCUGUCCCGGCCCGUGAUUACCUCAUUGAUGGCUCGCGGGGCAUCCUCUCUGGGACUUCAGAUCUGCUUUUGACCUUUGACGAGGCAGAGGUGCGUAAAAUUAUCCGCGUGUGUAAGGGGAUCCUGGAGUACCUGGCUGUUGCAGAGGUUGUGGAAACCAUGGAGGACUUGAUCACUUACACUAAAAACCUGGGACCAGGCAUGACGAAAAUGGCAAAGAUGAUUGACGAACGGCAACAGGAGCUGACUCACCAAGAGCACCGUGUGAUGCUGGUCACCUCCAUGAACACAGUGAAGGAACUGCUUCCCGUGCUCAUAUCUGCAAUUAAAAUCUUUGUGACAACCAAGUGCACUAAGAGUCACGGUGUGGAGGAGGCCUUGAAGAACAGAAACUACACGUUUGAGAAGAUGAGCGCCGAGAUCAACGAGAUUAUCAGAGUGCUGCAACUCACUUCUUGGGACGAGGACGCCUGGGCCAACAAAAAGGACACUGAGGCCAUGAAGAGAGCGCUAGCUCUGAUAGAGUCAAAGAUGGGUCCUGCUAAAAUAUGGCUGAGGGACCCUAACGGCCUACCAGGAGAUCCAGGAGAGCAUGCUUUGCGUCAGAUACUGGAUGAAGCAGAAAAAGUGGGUGAGCUUUGUGCUGGGAAAGAGAGACGAGAGAUCCUGGGAACAGCCAAGACCUUGGGCCAGAUGACGGAUCAGGUGUCAGAUGUGCGCGCCAGAGGUCAGGGUGCCACCCCCAUGGGUAUGCAGAAAGCUCAGCAGGUGGGCCAGGGUUUGGAUAUUCUUGUGGGAAAAGUGGAGAACGCUGCCCGAAAGCUGGAGGCCCUGACCAAUGCCAAACAGGCCAUCGCCAAGAGAAUCGACACGGCCCAGAGCUGGCUGGCUGAUCCUAACGGUGGUCCGGAGGGGGAAGAGAACAUCCGUGCUCUUCUGGCAGAGGCCAAGCGCAUUGCUGACCUGUGUGAAGACCCUAAAGAGAGAGACGACAUUCUGCGCUCCAUCAGUGAGAUCGCAGGACUCACUGCGAGACUGGUUGAACUUCGUAAAAUGGGUAAAGGGGAUACUCCUGAGGCUAGAUCGCUGGCCAAACAGAUUGGCACAGCUUUGCAAAACUUGCAGGCAAAGACUAACCGUGCCGUGGCCAACAUGAGACCUGCCAAGGCAGCUGUUACACUAGAGGGCAAAAUGGAGCAGGCUUUGCGCUGGAUUAACAACCCUGGAGUGGACGAUCAUGGAGUAGGCCAGGCUGCCAUACGGGGACUGAUAGCUGAGGGCCGCCGAUUGGCGAACUCUCUACCAGGCCCGUACAGACAGGAGCUGCUAGCAAUGUGUGAGCGAGUGGAGCAGCUGAUGAUGCAGUUGGCAGAUCUGGCUGUGCGGGGAGAGGGAGAGAGUCCUCAGGCGCGCGCUGUGGUUGCUCAUCUGCUGGAGGCAAUUAAAGAUCUGAAGGCAAAGAUGCAGGAGGCAAUGACCAAGGAGGUGUCUGAUGUUUUCAGUGAUACAACCACACCAAUUAAACUCCUGGCUGUAGCAGCAACAGCUCCUCUUGAGGCCCCCAACAGAGAGGAGGUCUUUGAAGAAAGGGCGUCUAACUUUGAGAAUCAUGCCAGCAGACUGGGUGCUACAGCGGAGAAGGCCGCUGCUGUGGGAACAGCCAAUAAGAGCACAGUUGAAGGCAUUCAGGCGGCCGUGAAAUCAGCCAGAGGUCUAACACCUCAGGUCACUUCUGCUGCACGCAUUUUGCUGAAGAACCCUGGCAACCAGGCUGCCUAUGAGCACUUCGAGACCAUGAAGAACCAAUGGAUUGACAACAUUGAAAAAAUGACCAGUCUUGUGGAUGAAGCCAUUGACACCAAAUCCCUCUUGGAUGCUUCAGAGGAGGCCAUUAAGAAAGACAUUGAUAAAUGCCGGGUGGCAAUGGCUAAUGUUCAGCCCCAGUUGUUGGUUGCAGGGGCUACGAGCAUUGCCCGGCGGGCUAACAGGGUACUUCUGGUGGCCAAGCGGGAAGUGGAAAACUCAGAGGACCCUAAAUUCAGAGAACUAGUCAAAGCUGCUUCGGAUGAUCUUGGUAGAACCAUCUCACCCAUGGUUAUGGCUGCUAAAGCUGUAGCAGGAAACAUCCAGGAUCCAGGUUUGCAAAAGAGCUUCCUGGACUCUGGCUACAGGAUCUUGGCUGCUGUUGGGAAAGUAAGGGAAGCCUUCCAGCCUCAGGAGCCUGAAUUCCCACCUCCACCUCCAGACUUGGAUCAGCUGCAUGUCAAUGAUGACCAGGCUCCUCCCAAACCGCCCCUCCCUGAGGGAGAGGUUCCUCCCCCGAGACCUCCACCCCCAGAGGAGAAAGAUGAAGAGUUCCCUGAGCAGAAAGCCGGCGAGAUGGUUAGCGAGCCGAUGAUGGUGGCGGCCAGGCAACUACACGACGAGGCCCGUAAAUGGUCCAGCAAACCUGAGGUCACAGACGAGGGUUUUGAGGCCGCUGAGGCGGAGGUAGAUAUAGAUGAUGAGGAUGAAUUCACAGACAACGAGGAUGAUUAUGAGCCAGAGCUGCUCUUAAUGUCUUCCAAUCAGCCAGUUAACCAGCCCAUUCUGGCCGCUGCGCAGUCUUUACAUCAGGAGGCUCGCAAGUGGUCCAGUAAGGGUAAUGACAUCAUUGGAGCGGCGAAGCGCAUGGCCUUGCUCAUGGCAGAGAUGUCUCGUCUUGUGCGUGGAGGCAGCGGAAAUAAACGUGCCCUUAUUCAGUGUGCCAAGGACAUUGCUAAGGCCUCCGAUGAGGUCACGCGGCUGGCUAAAGAGGUAGCCAAGCAAUGCACCGACAAACGGAUUCGCACAAACCUGUUGCAGGUUUGUGAGCGUAUCCCAACUAUCAGCACUCAGCUGAAGAUCCUGUCCACAGUCAAGGCCACUAUGCUGGGACGUACAAACAUCAGUGAGGAAGAAUCUGAGCAGGCCACUGAGAUGCUCGUGCACAAUGCGCAGAACCUCAUGCAGUCCGUGAAGGAGACGGUCAGAGAAGCAGAAGCCGCCUCCAUCAAGAUCCGCACAGACGCAGGGUUCACUCUUCGCUGGGUCCGAAAGACCCCCUGGUACCAGUAAACUGAGGACUACGGUAGUUGUUUUCCAUCAGCAAUUCGCAUCCUUGCCUUUUCAAACGUCCGAAGUCUGAUAAAGGGUGGCGGGAGGAAAGGACCUGAUCCUUAAACUUUUGGACAUUAGCGUUCGGUUGUAGUUUCGGGGUGACUGGUAUUACUUAUUUUUAUUUACUUGCUGGUAUUUGUACUUAGUACACUUAUUUUGUCUUUACGGAGGCUAUUUUUGGUCCUGAAAGUUUGCUGUAGUUACCUUUAUCUCACACUACGGAGGUUUAGCGUAGGAGUACACAGGAAGCAUAUUUUUUAAAUAUAUAUUUUUUGGUAUGUUGGGUCUCCAAACUCCAGGUAUAUAUAUUUUUUGCAUGAAGAAGUUUUCUAUUUUAUAUUGGAGAAAUAUGGCAUGAUGACUUAAAUGCCUCUCUCGAACAAUGUUGGAGUUCAUGAUGAAAUUUACUUUAAAUUAGUUUUUGACAAUUCAAUUUUCUUACUGAAUUUGUAUAUAUUUAUACUUGUAUUUCAUCAGAUCAUUAUCACAGAUCAUGUUUUAGUCACAAAUAUACAACAAAUAGUGUUGUAAGCUUUACUUUGAUAAAAAAAAAAAGGUUUUACGGCUGGCUGUUUUAAGUUAUCUAUAAUGAACUUUUCUUAGCUUAUAUUUAUAACAAACUUUUGCUUAGCUAUUUAUUAAACAGGAUAAUGCCUUUUUUGAUAGGCCAUGCCAUUACAGAGAUGCAUGGCACGGUCGAUGCCAAAGAUUUUGUUUUUUAUACUUACACUACAAUAUUCACAAGCUAUCAAAUAAAUGCGUCUGUCAUGUAAAACUACAGACAUGUGAAAGCUUGGAUAGUUAACACUGAAUUUAUUUUUCCUUUCACACUUGACUCUUGUGAGAGAGUGAUGUUUUUUGAGAUUUCUUAUAGUCUUUUCAAAAGAAAAGCACAAUCCUCACAACAGUUGAACUGCUCUCUCUUAGCUUUGUCUUUUUAGUUUACAGCUGUAAUUUUGACAUUUCUCUCAGUGUGAUUGUUUUCAUUGUAGUAUAUUGAUGAUGGAGCAGUCUUAACGUAUCUCCCAUUUGGAUAGAAUGGGUAACAAGACCCAGGUGGCUUGUUGAUACCUAUGUGUUUGGACUUUGAAGAUGCUUAAACGGAGAGUUUACCCCAAAUUGAAAAUACUUUCAUCAUUUACUCACCCUCAUUUCGUUCUAAAACAGAAAAUAUUUUCAGAAACAUUUUUGUCCAUGCAAUGAAAGCCAAUGGGGUCCAAACAUGACCCCAUUGACUUUCAAUGUAUGGACAAAACCAGACAUUUUGUUCAAAAUCCAGAGAAUAAAGGUUUGGAAAUACAUUUGGAUAAAUAUUAAUAAUAAUUAGUAAGUAUAAUGAUUAUUUUUACAUUUUUGGGGUGAUCUGUCAUUUUAGUGACUGUACAGAAUCAAAUGUGUGGAAAUGGUGCAAUUCUAGUAUGGAAAGCUCAGUAGCACAAGCUCAUCACCUUUAGCUAAAGAUGCACUCUCUGUAGAUGAAUUCUCUGUACAGCAACAGUAAAACUAUCAUGAUGCUUCACUGCCUUGCAUUCACUUAAAACUCUAUCUAUAACACAUACAUCUUAAAGAUGACCUUUUCCGCCCCAAUAUAGUGCCUCUUUGUGAAAGUUUACAGGGCUGUAUUUGUAUGUGUAAUAGCAUGUUUUGGGUUCUGAUGACAUUUAACAUUUCUUUUUAAAGAGUGAAAAUACUGCUUUGUGAAUGUAUAUAUGACACUAAUGUUGACUUUUUUGUCAGUGUCACAUAGAAAAAAAAUCUUAUGUGCCUCAGAUUGAUAAAAAUGUUCUGUUAAGUGUUUUGUUUGAAAACUUGUGUCAAUAAAGGGACACGUUCAUGUCUCAUUUGUUAAAGGUACUGCACUUCAAUAACUACACAAAGAUUAAAGGACUCUUCUUAGA